AUGGCCGAGUACAAGCUUCAGUACUUUAACAUGAUGGGAAGAGCCGAGCCAGCCAGGCUCAUCUUUGCCUAUGCUGGCGUCCAAUACAAGGAUGAGCGAGUCGAGAAGUCCGCAUGGCCGGAAAUUAAACCAAGUACUCCACACGGAAAACUGCCAGUUCUCUACGUAGAUGGAAAGCAGUUGGCUCAAAGCAGGGUGAUUGAGCGUUAUCUCGGAAAGGUUUUUGGAAUCGCUGGAGAGAAUGAUUGGGAGACAGCUAAGAUGGAUGAGCUAGUCGCCUGUGUCGAGGAUUUCCUCAUCGAAAUUCAACCAUGGUUCAAGGAACAAGAUAAUGCAAAGAAGGUGGAGAUCUUCAAACAACUCAUCGAGAGCACUAUCAUCCCAUUCAUCACCGCAUUUGAGACUAUUCUCACUACAAACGGCACUGGAUACUUCGUUGGUGACAAGAUCUCCUACGCGGAUCUUGCCAUCUUCCACAUCUUCUGGUUCAUGAACUCAAAGAUCCUCCCAGGAGCUCUUCGCAAGUAUCCGAAAUUGCACGAAUUUGUUGAGAAAAUCUCAGCUAUCGACUCGAUCAAGUCAUGGAUCAACUCUCGUCCAAAGACUGAAGCCUAA